CACUGAAAUCCCUCAUUCCCAAAAUUGGCGUUGAGGAAGUCUCCCAGUCCCAGGCAAAGCUGCUGACAAUUAAUCUAAAUUGGACUCGUUUUUCUCUAGGAGAACGCAUCUGGGAAUCAGACCACCGUAGUUCUCUGCGUUUAGGGUUGCAGAUCACACCUUCUUCACGCAACAAUGGCGAUGGCUGCUUUGAGACGCGAAGGGAGGCGAUUCGCCGGCUCCAUCACCGCUCCCCGACCAAUGCCCGAUAUUCGAUCCGCUCUCAUCUCUGAGGAGCAAGUUCCUCUGGGAGUGCGUUCAAUCUCCACUCAAAUUGUUAGAAACCGGAUGAAGAGUGUCAGGAACAUUCAGAAAAUCACCAAGGCUAUGAAGAUGGUUGCUGCAUCAAAGUUGCGAGCAAUUCAAACCAGAGCUGAAAAUUCACGAGGCCUGUGGCAGCCUUUUACUGCUCUUCUUGGUGACACUCCUGGGGUUGAAGUGAAGAAAAAUGUCAUUGUCACUAUUUCCUCUGACAAAGGUCUCUGUGGAGGAAUUAACUCUACAUCAGUUAAGAUAAGCAGGGCUAUUCACAAGUUGACUUCUGGCCCAGAAAAGGAAGUGAAGUAUGUUAUCUUGGGAGAAAAGGCGAAAGCUCAACUGAUGCGUGAUUCAAAGAAAGAUAUUGAGUUAUGCAUCACCGAGUUGCAAAAGAAUCCUUUGAACUAUACUCAGGUUGCCGUGUUAGCUGACGAUAUCUUGAAGAAUGUAGAAUUUGAUGCUUUGAGGAUUGUCUUCAACAAAUUUCAGUCAGUUGUUGCAUUUCUGCCUACAAUGUCGACUGUCUUGUCCCCUGAGGUUGUUGAGAGAGAGGCCGAGGCUGGUGGAACGCUUGGCGCACUCGAUUCCUAUGAGAUUGAAGGUGGUGAAACGAAGGGAGAAAUUCUUCAGAACCUUGCUGAGUUCCAGUUCUCUUGUGUUAUGUUCAAUGCAGUGCUUGAGAAUGCAUGCAGUGAGCAAGGUGCAAGGAUGUCUGCCAUGGACAGUUCAAGCAGAAAUGCUGGAGAUAUGCUUGACCGCCUGACUAUAUUCUAUAACAGGACUCGUCAAGCAUCUAUCACCACUGAGCUGAUUGAGAUUAUCUCUGGAGCAUCAGCACUGGAAGGUUAAUCACAACAGAUCUCAAACUCUUUGUGAUUCUCGUCUGAUGGUGACGAAAUAAGGUGUUGGCGAAACAAAACGAGUUGCAAGUUUUUGUUUAUUGGUGAUAUCAUAUCUUUUGAAGAUGUUUUGUUGAGCAACUGCAAUAAACCCUCUUCCCAGCAUUGUAGUUUCGUUUCUGGGAAAAUUGAAACGUGCUUUACCAUUACAUACCUUUACAGCUUUACUUUUGACGUUGAUAAUUUGAGUUGAAAUCAACGAGAUGUUAUCGGCUGUACAUUCUGUUGAUUUCCCAACUCUCUUUUUAUAUAUUUGCUCGUGGAAAAUCCCUACCUGGUGGGCAUAUAAGAGGUCGACGUGCUAGCUUAACACUCUCAUUGUUGGGCUUCGUGGGCUUCGAAAUUCCUUCUCCGUGGGCCGGCGGCAAUAUCCAACAACUCACUGUUCGCCACUUGCGUCUUGUUCAAGCAAAUUGGCGCGUUCUCAGUGGUUCUCUCCGUCUCUCCCGUUCAUUAAACAUUAGAAUCAGACAGCCGCCCCCUUAAUUCGCCAUUCGACUUUCAUUGCAGCGCAGAAGGGCAAGCUAAGCUGUUUCUCCAUUCAAAGUGAAGAUGACUUCCUCUGGCGACCAGGGAGGAAUCGAGGGCAACGUCGGGUUGGCGGGCACCCGUUUCUUCAAAAUCAUUCUCCUGCAAACCCUUCGGGACAAGAAGCUGUUGAUUCCGGUGAGGUUCGUGAGGAAUUUCGAGGAGGGUUUGUCGUCGUCGAGCUCGGCAAUUCUGAAGGCUCCAAGCGGCCUGAGUUGGGCGGUGGAUCUCGUGAGGGAUGAAAUUGGGGUCUGGUUUGGCAAUGGAUGGCAAGAUUUUGCUGAAUUCCAUUCUUUGGAAUAUGGCCAUUUUCUGGUUUUCGAGUACAAGGGUUGCUCCUUGUUCUCUGUAGUCAUAUUCGAUAAAACUGCUACAGAGAUUGUGUAUCCAAUUACUAGAACCUGCAGUAGAAACCAGCAGCCAAAAGCUGGUGAGGCUGUGGAGCUGUUGCGUGAGCCCAAAGUUGAGGUGAUUGAAGAUUCCCCUGAUCAAGGAAACAAGGGUAAAUCCCCAAUGGAGGUUACUCAGCUGCCUCGAAGUAAGGAGAGCAAGACGAAGAAGAUGGCGACGACUAGGGGCAAGGAUGAGCAAAUUGCAGAAGGACAUUGUUCGUCUGCACAAGGGUCUGUGACCAAGUACUGCACUUUCACAUCGUCGCAUCCAUUUUUCGACUACCGAAUGACUUCGAGCAAGUUGAGCAGGUCGCUAAUGCAUGUACCGCGAAGCUUUUCAUUAAGCCACAUUGCAGGGGAUGAGAAGUCGGUGAAGCUUCAAGUUGGGGAUAAAACUUGGUCAGUGGCAUUGCAUCGAUACAGGGAUGACAAGUAUGUGUACUUCUCUGGUGGCUGGGAUAGAUUUACAGACGAAAACGCGGUUGAAACAGGAGACAUUUGCGUCUUCGAGUGCCUUCGAAGAUGGACCGAUGUACUGCUGAAAGUCACCAUCAUUAGGGAUCAUGCUAACUAGACUAAGAUAUCCUCCUGAUAUAUUGACUAACUUGGAAUCCUAGAUUCUGUAUGCUUUUGCUUCUCUGGAAGUUUGGACAGAGGCACAGAGCAGAUCCUUGUGUGCUUUGUAUUCCAACUAUCCCUUUCUGUAUGUGUUGUUUGAUACAAUCUCUAUCGUACCUUAUCUUUUUGCAGCUCUUUUUCUUUUACUAUAUUUCUAUGGUAAAUUAAACACGAUAAUAUGAAUAUCUUUCGUUGAAUAUUAUUUUAAUUUUGUCUUUUGGGAUGACGUUUAAGCUUUGGGGAUGAGCCAAUGAGGGAGGAGCAUUUGGGAGGGAAGGUGUGUUUCUGGUGGUUCCCAAUUUGUAAGGCAUCGUUUGGUUGUGAUGUAAUGGGAGUGCGAAAUAUGAAAGGGAUGGCCAAACCUAAUAUACG